GACAUUACUGCCGGCUUCCGGUUUGCGUAGUAGUCGUACGUUGCGAUCGAACGUAGCUUUUUUUUUCUCGACCAUUAGCCGAUAAAUAUAAUUGAAGGUUGAACGAAUUGUGUUUUAAUAACGAUUAAAGGAUUAUUCAAAUACAAUUGUGUGCGUUAUAAGAGAUAUUAAGUUAAUUUGUUAAGUAUCAUAAUUAUAAUUUAUAAGAUACCGGAAGUUAUAUAUAUAUAUAUACAUAUAUUUUUAUUUUUAUCUCUUUCUCUUUCUUUCUUUUUCCCCUCUUUUGAUUCAUUCUCUCGUUUGACUGCGUGAAUUCGUAAAUUAUAAAAAUGGCGACCGCCGUGCCGUCGCGAUUUGCGGUUCUCAGUAUUGAAGAUGACGAUUAUAAACCAAAGAAGCCACAGAAGAAUACGUCGUCAGGUAAAACUAAUCAAAAGGGUAAAGGUGACAAGUCUAAGCAACAACAACACCAUCAUCAACAACAACAACAACAUCAACAACAACAACAGCAGAAGAAAGAUGACAAGAAAAAGCAAAGCAAGGGAAAAAAGAAAAAGUCAACUAACGAGGAACAACAAUGGGAGCAGUGGAAGCAAAAAGAUUCUAUGGCUGUCGAGGAAUCAUUUGAGCAAGAUCUGCAUCAAGCCAUCUUGUUAUCAAAAUUAGAUUACGAAGAACAAUUAGUAAAUGCUGCUAAAACUGAGAAGGAACAGGAUCAAUGUAAGAAAGGUGGUAAAAGGACGAAGAAGGCUACCAUGUCAUUGGAGGAAUUCAACAACAUGAGAGCGAACAACACUCAAGUUCCAGUUGUAACAACUGAAGUGGAAGAAAACAAAUCUAAAGAAUUGGAUGCUGAAUUCUUCGAAAGGGUUGACAAAGAAGCUAAAGAAGAAAUUAUCAAAGGAAAAGAGAAAGACAUAUUGAAAGCAAGAUUAAACAAAAUAGACGAUGAUAUUACAUCGGCGCAAUUAAGAGUGGAAGUUGAGAAUAGGGAUAAAAUAAUUAUUCAACUUAGACAAGAUGUUGAUACACUUAAGGAAGAAUUAACACAAGUUAAAGAAAGAAACACGAAACUUUAUCAAAUUCUUUCACAUGGUGAAAUGAAGGAUAAGGCGUCUGUGUUAGCAGAAGUUGCAAAGUUACAAGAAAUUCGUGACGAGUUAACUUCGGAGGUAGCAUCCUUGCAUGCGCAACUGGAACAAGAAAGGUCCAAAACUCGUACGUCCAGCGUAGAUGUUAAAUCGUCCAAACAAAGUAACAAAAAGAGACUGGCUAGCGAGAAUGCCUAAACUGUAGUAGUAACAGUAAAUCUCUCAAGCCAUCACUACUAUGAUCUCUUGUGAUGUUAAAUUUUUCACUUAUGAAAAUAAUAAUUAUUUGAACAUCUCCUCGAAAGAAAUAACAAAACAAGAAAGACAAAACAAACAAACAAACGAUAUGAUCUCGUAAGAAGUACGUUUUGUAUGUGAACACGUUAAAAGUAAAAAAAAAAAAGUCGAUGAAUGUACCUUAUUUUUGUAGCCAUAUGAUGGAACCAUUGUCGAUGAUAACAAAAAUUGAACGACAAAACUAAAAAAAAAAAAAAAAAAA